AUGGCAUCUAACAGUCUCUUCAGUUCAGUGGCUUCCUGUCAACAAAACUUCUUCUGGGAUUCCAGCGCCAGUCGGAGGUUCAGUCCACCGUCCAGUUUGCAACCAGUCCCGGUGAAAAUGAGCGAUGUGAAUACCGCAACAGGGCAGCAAGAUGCGGCCGUGCCAAGGCUGCGUCCGCAGGAGAACCGCUCCAUGGCCGAGAUUAUUGCUGACCACCCAGCCGAACUGGUUCGGACCGACAGUCCAAAUUUCCUCUGCUCCGUACUGCCCUCUCAUUGGAGGUGUAACAAAACUCUGCCCGUUGCGUUCAAGGUGGUGGCUUUGGGAGAGAUUCCAGAUGGUACGGUUGUCACGGUGAUGGCGGGAAAUGACGAGAAUUACUCAGCAGAACUGAGAAACGCCUCUGGUGUCAUGAAAAACCAGGUGGCUCGCUUCAACGACCUGCGUUUCGUCGGUCGAAGUGGCAGAGGCAAGAGUUUCACCCUGACGAUUACAGUGUUCACAAAUCCACCACAAGUGGCCACUUACCACCGAGCCAUUAAGGUCACUGUGGACGGACCACGCGAGCCAAGAAGGCACCGACCAAAACUGGAGGAUUCGCCAAAGACCAGCUUGUUUUCUGACCGGCUGAGUGAACUGGAACGCACGAUUCGCGUUGCCGUGCCAACACAAGCACCCCGUUCCUCCCUCAACACAGGUCCAAAUUCUUUUUCUCCCCAGAACCAAACACAGAUAUCAGACCUACGCCAGUCCCAGUCGUCUCCUCCCUGGUCAUAUGACCAGCCUUACCCAUCCUACUUGAGUCCCAUGGCAUCACCCUCAGUGCAUUCCACCACUCCUCUCUCCUCCAGCCGAGCUACUGGUCUUCCCUCCAUCAGCGAUGUGCCUCGACGCCUCUCAGGUUCCACUGACCUGAGUCCAUUUCCUGGUCAAUUUGAGCGCCAGUUCCCUGGCUUCUCCCUCACUGAGAGCCGUUUCCCCAGCCCCAGAAUGCACUACCCUGCCACCUUCACCUACACCCCAACACCCGUCACCUCCGCCAUGUCUCUUGGAAGUGCUCACUAUCACACCUACCUACCACCACCAUACCCAGGCUCCACCCAAAGCCAGAGUGGACCAUUUCAAAGCAGCAGCACCCCCUAUCUAUACUAUGGUACCUCUUCUGGGUCGUACCAAUUUUCUAUGGUUCCUGGGGACCGCUCCCCGUCCAGUAUGCUGCCACCUUGCACCAGUGCCUCAACAGGUACUACUCUGGUCAACUCUACGCUUCCAGGUCAAGCUGACGGCAGUGGAGGAGUGGAGGGAGAUGGGAGUCAUAGUAACUCCCCCACCAUGCUUAAUCCUGGGGGAAGAAUGGAUGAAGGAGUGUGGCGGCCAUACUGA